AUGCAUAACACCAAAGGAAAUACUAAGCGCCCCGUUGUCGACGCUGAUGCCAAUCGUUUUGCUGGUGCUGUGCUUGAAGGUUUUAUUGGACAGAUUUACUCGCUCUGCAAAGACCAGCAUGGAUGCCGCUAUCUGCAGAAAAAGCUCGAGGAACAGAAUGAAGCUCACUUGGCCAUUAUUUUCAACGAAGUUUUUGGUCACUUUGUUGAGCUUAUGACAGACCCAUUUGGAAACUAUCUUUGCCAGAAGCUUCUUGAAUACUGUGGUGAUGAACAGCGGACUGCCAUUGUUGAAACUGUUGCUCCCGAUCUUGUCAACAUUUCCUUGAAUAUGCAUGGCACCAGGGCUGUCCAAAAAAUGAUUGAGUUUUUGUCGACUCCCCAGCAGAUUGCUAUCGUGGUUGUGGCUCUCAAUCCAAGCGUUGUGACAUUGAUCAAGGACUUGAAUGGAAAUCAUGUUAUCCAAAAAUGUCUCAACCGCUUGGCAUCAGAGGAUAAUCAGUUCAUCUAUAACGCCAUUAGCGCACAUUGCAUUGAGGUGGCAACCCAUCGUCAUGGAUGCUGCGUCUUGCAGCGAUGUAUUGAUCAUGCUUCCGCUUCACAAAAGAUUCAGCUUGUGCGUGAGAUCACGUUUAAUGCUCUUGCUUUGGUUCAGGAUCCAUUCGGCAACUAUGUAGUUCAAUACGUGUUAGAUCUGGCUGAUAACCGCUUUACAGAUGCACUCAUUCGCCGAUUCAUCGGCAAUGUUUGUGUCCUGUCCGUUCAAAAGUUUAGCUCCAAUGUCAUUGAAAAGUGUAUUCGCGUGGCUGAGCCGGAGACCCGCAAGUUCUUGAUCGAGGAAAUGAUUAAUAAGGCGCGUUUAGAUAAACUCCUCCGCGAUUCGUAUGCCAACUAUGUGGUCCAGACCGCUUUGGAAUUUGCUGAUCCUAUGCAACGUGCGCAGUUGGUCGAAUGUAUUCGACCUUUACUCCCAGCCAUCCGCAAUACUCCUUAUGGCAAGCGCAUCCAGAGUAAGCUCCACCGUGAGCAGAUGUCUGUAAACCAGAUAGCCCAUCUGGGUAUGAACGGUAUGGGUGUCAUGGGUCCCAUGAAUGGCAUGAAUGGUCUUGGAGGGAUGGGUAAUAUGGGCAACUUGAACGGCAUGAACAUGGCUAAUAUGAAUGGCAUGAAUGGUAUGCCCAAUGGUAUGGCGAUGAAUAUGGCGAAUAUGGCGAAUAUGACCAACAAUAUGAACGGAUUGGGUCAUAUGAAUGUCAUGCCUAUGCCCAACAUGGGCAGUAUGAGCAAUGUCGGAGGGAUUUCAGGCGCUAUGACUAACGGUAACAUGAACGGCAUGAACAGUGGAAACAACAUGAACGGCAUGAACAACAUCCCCAACAACGUUAAUGGCAACAUAAUGGGUUUUGGUUUCUCUGGUAUGCAGUUCGGCAACAUGGGUAUGAUCGGCAUGAACGACUACAACCCUUACAACGGCUACAUGUAA